AUGGCUAACAAUGAAGAUCAAGAAAAUUUAUCUAGUUCCAAUGAUGAAGAUGAAACUACAUCAAGUUCGUCGACAACAUCAUCUGAGGAUGAAGAGGAUGAACAAGUCGAUGAAGAAUCAGAUAGCAAUCUUGCAACAUUAACACCAAAAGAAGCUUUUUUUGCACUUGAAAGCAAACGAAAAGCAAUCGGAAAGCGUUUGCUUGAGUUACGUGAUGAACUCAAAGCCAAACCUCAAGCAGAUAUCGAUACAAAAAAGCGUUUACUAGUAGAAGUAAAGAAUCUACGUGAAAAAUGGAUUGCCGUACAAACUCGGUUAACAAAUUUAAAAGCACGAUUGAGUCGUAGUCCAACACCCGAACGUGAAAUAACUUUGAAAGUUCCAGUGAAGACAAUCAGAAAAGCAACACCCACGAAAACGGAUACUGAACCUGGAACUCGAAUUAUUCCACCACCGCGUGAAAGAUCAAGAUCGUACAGUUCAUCGAGUCGUUCAAGAUCCUCAUCGAAAGAUUCAACACAAUCCAAUGAAAAACCAUAUCAUGAUCUGGAUGCUUUGGAUGAAACUGGUGAUUCGAAAGCUCGUGAUUUACUUUUGUCUCGACAAACCACAUCGUAUCGUGAUCUUACGGAAGACCUCUCUUUCUCACCUUCGCCAUCGCCAUCACCAUCCUCUUCACCUCCUCCAUCAUCGAUCUUAGCAUCAACGUCGAACCAGAUCGGUUUAUCCAACCUUUCUCUUCAUGAACCGAAGACAUUCGAAGACAAGUUCGACGAGGAAGUAGAAGAUGUUAUCAAUCCAAAAAUUUCCUUCUACAAUGAGAAUAUUCCAUAUCCAGUCAUAAAAGAUAAACGUGAUGUUGAAAUUAUCAAUCGUGAAUUAAAAAAUCAAUUACGUCAGUUGGAAGCUAGUAAGAACAACCCAUUGUAUGACCAACAAACUGGCCCGGUGAAAUACGAACGUUUGAAAAAACAAAUUGAAUAUAUUAAUUUACGAAUUCGUAUUGAAAAGUUAAAACGAAUGAAGACCAAAACACAACGCGAAAAAGAACAAAAUAAGAAACAAUUUCAUGUUUUAGUUCAGGAAUUUCGUAAACUUCAACGUUCUAUGAGAUUAGCUAACCGUGAUUAUCACAAUAACACAUUUCUAACUGAUCAAAUCGACAUUUUGCCUGCAGCAAUACCGCUUCCACCAUCACCGAAAAGGACACAACCACGCGAGUUUCAACUACCACCAUUGGAUCUACAUCGAGUUACCGGAAAAAAGAUUGUUUUCGAAUCUUCUGAUUCGGAUGAUGAUGAUCAACCAGCACCAACGGCCACAGCUGAACCUCAGGUGCCUGUUUCUCUGUCCGCCAGUGAACCACAUGCUGUCCCCGACAGUAAUAAAUUGCCACCUUUGCCGAUACCAUCCAGUUCCUCAUCAUCUGCUACUCUUGAUGCCAUUAAAACUCGUCUUACUAAUCUGAUCAAUGCGCCUAAUCCUUCAGCAUCUCAAACAGCUGAAUCCAGUUCUACUAAAGACGUCCCCGAUAAAGAUAUUCAAAAGAAUGUUAACAAUAACAAUGAUGGUGAUGAUGACGAUGACAAAGAUAACCAACCGACAAUAAAUCCCGAGCGAAGUCAAGCUGUUUCGGCAAAGUUUAACAGAAGACGAAGAAAAGCCAAAAGAAAUCGACACAAGAAGAAAACCAGCAAUGCACAGGCAACUCAACAAAUUAGUAACGAAAAUGAAGCAACAACUGUUGAUCAUGAAGAAGCAUGGAGACGACAUGUAGCCAUGCAAUUACAAUUUAGUUUUUUGAAAAAAUCCAAUCCAAUUUUACGCGCAUUAACAGCUGAAGCACACAAGAAAUUAGGUGUAUCUGAAGACCAAGUUAGUGAAUUUCAAUUCGAUGACGAAAUGAUGGAUUAUGAAACAGCACUUAUCUUACAACAGCAACAAGAAUAUUUAGCUGCUAAAGCUGCCAAUCCAUUCAAUGUCUUACAUAGUGCGGCAGCUGGUAGUUCAUCAUCGCGGCCUAAUCUCGUUGAUAUUCUUGCGAACUUGAACGGUGGAGUUCCCCCGUCAUCGUCCGAACCUCAAACACCCAUGGGUCUACUACAAAAAUUCUUCCUCGAUGCUAACCAUAAUUCCAAUGCCGAACAUCGUUCAAAUCGUGGUUUGAAUGAUCUUUCGACGACUCCACCGACGCCGCCAACACCUCGUGAUAUAUCCAUAGGAAAAAAGAUUGUCGAAUCGUUAACACAUCAAGAUAUCAAUGCAUUAUUGAAAUUAAGUGGAAGUGAACAUGAUGACGAUGACGAUGAUGAUGAAGGCGACAAUCAAUCAUUCAAUGGCGAUUCAGAUGAUGAUAUGAAUAAUUUCUCGUUUGACGAAGAUUCAAGUGACAUACCAAAUGGCAAUAGGAAUGGCAAUAAUAAAAACUAUGAACGAUGGGAACGACCAACACCGGCUCAAUCACGAGGAGCGCAAUCAUCGAGUAUUAAUAACAAAAAAUCGACGAUGGAAUCUCUAAUAUUGCCAAGUUUUAAUCGAUGCACACAUCUGGGAAAGCCAAGUAAACGAUCCGUUGGAGUUGAACGUGUGUUUCCGUCGUUUUCGAAACAUAAUGCCACUUCAACAUCGACGCUUAGUUUAAUACUUUACGGAUUAUCAACGCCUUGA